GUCGGGUGGAGACUGGGAACAACAACGAUCGACCACUUGUUUUCGGUCAUUUUCAUCCCCGAACUGUUGGUAGUUUGAACUUUGAUUUUUUUGCCGCAAGGGGCAAAGUUUACGCACUGCCUGGCAACGGCAAUGAAAGGAGCUACUAAUUUCUUGUUUUCUAUAUAAAUAAGCGGCUACGAACUGUAAAUCAAGUUAAAAUGUCUGCUGGAACAAGACGAAGGCUCGAAGAUGCGCUGAACGCGGGAAAAGAGAUUGAAAAUAACAGUGACUCUGUCAGUAAUGGAGGCAUACAGAAGUCAGUAGAAGUAGAUUUUGGAGAUGUGAUGGGAGUGUACAGUGUGAAUUUUUCAUUCAAUCAGCGGUAUUUGGUUACAGGAUGCGGCAAUGGUGCAAUUCAGGUGUAUGAAUGUACUACAGGAAGAAAGAAGCGUCCACUAAAACAUGGCUCUCUCUAUGGCUUGCCAAUAACAUCAGUCAAAUUUUUCCCUUUUAAAGAUGAACAGCUGAUCACUGCAACUGCCGAUGGGACCAUGACAUGCUGGGACUUGGAAUCAUGGAAUUUUUUUAAGACCCUCGAUGAAUCCCAUAAUGAGAUAAGUGCUAUGGAUUUCUCACAUGACGGCAAGGUCUUUGGAACUGCUGGUAAGGUGAGAGUUGACACCAAUACUUUUUUUUUUUUUUUCAGAAGAGAAUUCAUCCUGUCUCCUGAAUCAGGGCAUGGUAGAAAGGUUUUUGCCUUGAAAUUCCACCCUUUUGAUGACAACAUAUUUUUAACUGGAGGCUGGGACAGAUGUAUAAAGGUGUGGGAUGUAAGAUCUGAUCAAGUGGUGCGUUCAAUCCACGGUCCGUACAUAUGUGGUGAUGGAAUUGAUAUCUGGGAGGAUUCCAUUUUGACAGCAUCUUGGGUGGCACAUGAUGCACUACAGAUAUGGGAUUUCAAAAGUGGGCACUUGGUAGAAGUGAUUCCAUUUCCCCAUGAUGAGCACGGAGAGUUUCUGUAUGUGGGUCGGUUUUGUUCUGGCAGUGACAUCGUUGCAGCGGGAGGAAGUGGAACAAAUGAUCUGAAGAUCAUUAACAGAAAUGUACACAAGGUGAUUGCCAGUGUUGAGGAGGGAGGGAAACCCAUUCAAGCCUUAGAUGUGUCACUUGAUGGAAAUAAGCUGGUGAUUGGCAGCUCAGGAAACUGUAUAAAAAUCGUGACGCUUACAUGAACAAGAUCAAGUUAUCAACUGGAAGGCUCAGUUAUAUUUCUAGUUGGCUGCUUGUGUUUAUAAAACUGAAGUUUUUAAUGUUCCCUCAGCAGAAGCAGGCGCCGUUACAACUCGCUGUUUUAUAAAGCUGUGAGAAAUUUAUUCUCUCUUGCUUCGCAAGAGUUAAGUUUUGUAGCAAUUGUCAUUUUAAAAGCCUACGUAUCUGAAGUUCGAAAUCUUCCAGCCCGCUUGUAAAGUUAGAGUAUUUUUAAAAUAAAUAAAUUAAAAUUUAACAAGU